UGCUAUUUCCCCUGCCGACAAACCCCUCUCGGAUGUGGUCAAGAAACAUUGAAUCAGAAAAUGGUGAUUGGAACGUAAAGGUAUGCAAUAUUGCUUUCUGGAUGAGAUUUAUUGCUUGUCUCUAGUGAAGACCUAGCUUAGCCUAUGAGCAUAGCAUAUCUUCACGUUGGUUAGAAAAAGAAUAAAAGGCCACUUUAAUGCUGCUUUGAAUCAUUCUUUUUCUUAACAUGCGAAAGAUCAGACAGGGACAAACUUUCAAAUUCAGCCAUGAGUCCCCGAACAGAGAGCGUUGGCCAAUACUUACACGGGGCUCACGACUUUCGUCUGGAAAGCAAGCCUCUGGUAGAGCCUGCUUCUGACGAAGUUCAAGUGGUCCCUCGGUCGACAUCACUGUGUGGAUCGGACCUUCAUUAUUAUAACCACUACCGCAAUGGUAGUUUUGUGGUCCAAGAGCCUCUUUGCUUAGGACAUGAAUCGGCUGGGCAAAUCGUCGCUCUGGGAUCCAGGGUCGCUCAUCUUAACCCGACGCUCGCUGUUGGGGACCGUGUUGCGCUCGAAGUAGGAAUACCUUGCGAGACCUGCGCAGAUUGCCAAAACGGGCGUUAUAAUAUCUGCAAGGAGCUGCGCUUUCGCAGUUCCGGGUCAAAGUUUCCUCAUUUUCAAGGCACACUUCAGAGCAGCAUCAAUCAUCCAGUCAAAUGGGUUCACAAGCUCCCCGAGGGCCUGGAUUACGAGACGGGGGCCCUUCUAGAGCCGCUGGCUGUUGCAAUUCAUGCUGUGCGUAGGGCGAACAGUAGUCGCAGCCAUAAAUUAGGUAACCAACGAACCUGUUUAAUAUUCGGUGCUGGUCCCGUGGGGCUUUUAUGUUCAGUUGGAGCGAAGGCAGACGGGUUUCAGAAGGUAAUAAUCGCGGAUAUUGAUCAAGGCCGUCUGCAAUUUGCCCUCGAAAACGAUUUCGCCUCGACGAUAUAUCGAGUUCCGCUCAAAAGAGGACAGACAAUUGAGGAGAAGCUCGAGAUUGCGAAGGAAACGGCGGCCGAAAUCGCAAAGCUCCAAUGGCCCGACGGCAACACUGUUGGGCAGGUCGACUGCGUUUUUGAAUGUACCGGAGUGGAAUCAUGUAUACAAUCCUCAGUUUAUGCAACCAAAUCAGGUGGACGAGUUGUUUUUGUCGGAAUGGGGACACCUAACUGUACAAUGCCCGUUUCAGAAAUUCUAGCGAAAGAGAUCGAUUUAAUUCCAACCUGGCGGUAUGCCAAUGCGUAUCCGAGAGCCAUUGAGAUUGCUACUAAGUCUGUUACGGGUACGACUCUCCCUGAUAUUCGUAGACUUGUUACACAUCGAUACGAAGGACUCGAGUCGGUACCGGCGGCGUUCCAGACAGCUGGUAAAACAAAGGAUGGAAUAGGAGGAUUGGUGAUGAAAACAGUUGUAAACUUCUCAACAUUAAAGUCUUCCAGACACUAA